CCUGCCGCCUCACUUCGCCAUCGGCUGGCGCUGCAGCCGGACGACGAGCGGAGCGGCGACCUAACCUCCAAAUCACUCCCGGUGUGGCGGAUUUUCGCUAAGUUAGUUCAAGUGCCCGAGGGCUUCUCGCCUGCGGCGCGCGUGCCCUGAGAGGCCUGUGAUUUGUGCUUCGCUCUUUGGUAAUUGGACUCUUGGAAUACCGCCCAGAAACUGAAGGAAGCUAAUUUUUCCUGACUUCAGACAAGCUCAAGCUGAAGCAGUCAGCAAGCUUAGCCUAGCGUCGCUUUCAACAAGGUUCGAACAGGAGUCUACGGCCGCUGGAGACACCACUGUUUGGCUGCGAGUGACAUUUCAUGCUGUUACCCUAUCCGAGGGACGGAGAGAAUGGCGUAGGUGAAGAACUAAACGAGAUAUGCUUUUGGACGCACCGACCAUGUGUCGAGGAAAUGAAAAACCCUUUGAGGCCUUUGGCGACGACGAUGGUGUGGGGAGGCUGCAUUCAGGACUGCAGUGCUCGCAGUGCCCCAUCACCUUUAAGUCCCACAGCCUUCUCCGCCGGCACCUCAUCCGCGCGCACGAAGAGGUGAUGCUCUACGGCUGCACGGACUGCCUGCGGAUGUUCACCAGCGUGUAUGAACUUCAAGAGCAUCGUAGUACAGCGCACAUUAACGGUUGUGGUAAGCCUGUGCUCUGUCCCGAGUGUCCCAAAUCAUUCUCCUCAGAGAGAUCGCUUCAUCAACACAGACGCUAUCAUAGAGAGUCGGAGUUAAUACCGUGCCCCAUGUGUGAUGUGAAGUUUAGGUACCCUGGGGAGCUUAGGGCUCACUUGGCUGUUCAUUCUCAAGCGAGACCAUUCCAGUGCCAUUUGUGUGAAAAGGCUUUUAAAUACAAGCGUAACCUCCAGAAGCACUUCCUAACUCAUACGGGGCUGAAACCACACGAGUGCCACCUCUGUGGCUGUAGGUAUGCAGAACGAAGUAGCCUAACAAAACAUCUGAGGUCUCAUUCCACGCCUGGUGGCAGACCCUUUAGCUGUGAUGUCUGUCGUAAAAGAUUUGCUGAUCAUUUCCAGCUUUCUGCUCAUUUAGAAAGUCAUAUUAAUUCAUCCAUGACUGCCAUCACUUCUAAUGCUCCCCUCUACGAGCAGUUUCCCCCUUCAAACAGUUUCACCAAUGCUCUACAGGAACCUCUGCAAUUGAAACUUGAACUGUCAGAAAUCAAAAAAGAAUUGUUUGUACCAGGUGAUCUUCUGAAAAAAUCGUUCGACUGCACGGAGUGUCCUGAGACAUUCGAAAGAAGAAGUGAUUGGCUUCGGCACUUCCGUAUUCACAGGGGGUCCCGGCCAUACAAAUGUACUGAGUGCUGGAAGACAUUUCGUGAAUCGAGUGACUUACGAAAUCACUUGUUUGAUCACACGAAAGAACUUUGUGAUUCUUUUAGUAAUGACUCAAAUGAUUCGUGUUUUGCUACUAGUGAUGAGCUGGAGGACAUUACAGAUGUGACUUCGGGUGAUUCUCUACACCUUAACUCUACAAAAAUUGUUGAUGAUAUAAGUGAUCAUAUAUCCCUUGAUUUAACAGAGCCAACUAGUGAUGGAAUGGAUGACAGUAUGAAUUACUGUGAUUUGACUGACAGCUUACGUGAUGAUCUAAGUGAUGGAGGCUUUAGCGAGUGGUCUGGUGCUUUAAGACAAUUACAUUUUCGCAAAAAUUCAAAACCUCAUAAAUGUCCAAUGUGCCGCUUGCGGUUCCGUCAAGUCAACCAUUUACUUCGGCACUUGGACACUCAUCUUCCAAACAGACCUUAUAAAUGCCUAGAGUGUAACCAGUCAUUCAAGCGAUCAGACCAUUUGCGUAGGCAUAUGUUAACUCACAAUGCUAGGGAAAAACCCUUCAGAUGUUCACAGUGCCCGGAACAGUUUGUAUCGGCUCAUUACUUAGGUCGCCACAUGCGUAGCCAUGCAGGAGACAAGCCGUACUCCUGUAAAUAUUGUGAAUAUAAUUUCCGGAGCCCCAGUUCGUUAGAAAGGCAUCUUCGAGUCCACAAUGACAAGACGUCAAAAAGAUUAGGAACCACCCCAAAUAGCAAGACCUUCAAGUGUACUGAAUGUUUACUUAAGUUCCGCAAGAAAAAAUCGCUGAUGAAGCAUCUUCUGGAGCACCUCGGGCGUUGAACUUUUGCGUCUAUUGUUGGUCCAUUUCUUAACUUAUUUGUAUUCGUAUUAUUGUGUAAGAAAAAUCCUUUGACGUUACUGCCGCUGAAAAAUUAAAUUCAGUGCUUCCACGAUGCUUGGUUUUAUUGUUAUUAAAGGUCAGACACAUUUUAAAAACUAAGUUUGGCGAAGAGCUAAAAAAUUGUUCCUCUCAUUAAGAACGUAAUUUUAGAAAAAUAUGUCUAGAAACGGGGUGACUUCCGUAUUAUAAGUUAAGUCUACUGUAAGUUUUGUAUUUAUUAUGUGAUUGUUUUUACGUUACGUUCAUGUUUGAGUUCCCCACAGUGUCUUGCAGUAGUUAAUUUUAAUUACAAAUUUCUUUUUUGAAACUUUUAAAAAUAAAUUAGACUUUUGUUCAAAACUA